AUGACUCGACGUUUGAAACGAGUAAUGAGAGGUAAAGGUAGAAGUAUAUUUUUUUAACAUUUAAAAUAUCUAAAAUGGUAUACGAACUUUUAAUUUUGACUCAACAAUACACAUUCGACAAUCAAUAACCCAUUUGGAGGUUUACAAAAAGGAUUCGGGAGCAAGAAGCAAUAUGGCGGAGGUUUUAGCCGGAGUAUCUCAGGCGUCUUUAGUUUUCCGGCCACGACUUGGUGGAGCUCUCAGGACCAACAAUUUUUCCGUUAAACGCCUUCAAUUUCAAUCCACAAUCGGUAGAGGAAUUUCCUUUGAUUGUAAGACGGUAGUAUCUGCUAUCCGUGCAACCGACUCCAAAAAUGAAGACAUUGACAUUUAUCCAGACACCACUGGCGGUGAUUCUUCCGAUAAAGGGAUUGGAGGAGGUGGUAGCGGUGGAGGUAACGGUGGUAGAGGCGAUAAUGGUGGGAAUAGUGGGGAGGGAGAGGAAUCUAAUGCUGACAGCCGGAAGAAAGCUUUGUCAAUGUCGCAGAAGUUAACUCUGGGAUAUGCUGCACUAGUAGGAGUUGGUGGCUUAAUGGGAUAUUUGAAAGGUGGUAGCCAAAAGUCACUAAUGGCAGGGGGAGUCUCAGCCUCACUGUUGCUUGUUGUCUUUAAACUUCUCCCCAACAACCCCGUUCUUGCAUCGUCCUUGGGUCUUGGCCUUUCUGCUUCACUAUUGGUAGUAAUGGGAUCUCGUUUCAAGAAUUCGGGCAAGAUAUUUCCAGCCGGUAUCGUAUCUCUCGUGUCCUUUAUAAUGACUGGAGGUUACAUGCAUGGAAUUUUGCGAAGCUCACACUGAAUGUAAUACGUUGAAGUUUUUAAAAAUAAACGUUUUUGGCUCCUCACUCUUAGAAUGUAUGAUGUUUGAAAAACUGUUGGCGGCUUACUGGAGCCAUUUCUUGUGAUAGUCAUUCGGAUAUGUUCUUGUCUUUGUAUAACUCUUUUUGUAUUUUGGUUGGAGUUUUAGGUGUACCUUCAACUUUGUUCUUCACUAUUCAGGUGGGUAGAUUAUUAGAUGUUGAAUGUUAAAAAGGUUUGUGUUAGCCCUUGAAAA